CCUCGCUCCCCAGCCCGUUCGCGUUCUCGUACGCCACCCUCACGUUCUCGAGGUCGUUCUCGCUCCCGUUCAGUGAGUCGCUCACCUCCUCCACGCUCUCGCAGUCCUGCUCAUCCUCCCGAGGUAUCCAAUAUUCUCGGUGUCUUUGGUUUAAGUUUAAGAACUCGUGAAGUUGAUUUGGAAGAUGUUUUCCGUGACUUUGGUGAUAUUGAAAAAGUCACUAUCGUCUAUGAUCACAGAAGUAAUAGAUCCAGAGGAUUCGGUUUUGUUUAUUUUAAGGAUGAAAAUGAUGCCACGAAAGCUCGUGAUGCUUUGAAUGGUAUUGAAAUUGAUGAUCGUAGAAUUCGUGUCGAUUAUUCCGUGACACACAGACCUCAUACACCCACACCUGGUGAAUACAUGGGUGAAAGAAGA